CUCAGCCCUCCCAUCCACCCUCUGUAUCGAUGUAGUUGUUUCAAAGAUGGCGGACUUCCUGCCGUCCCGCUCCGUUUUAUCUGCAUUUUUCCCCAACUGCCUCCUUACAAGGGGCGAGGCAGAGCAGCUGCGGAAAUCCAAAGAGAUAGAUAAGUGUAUUCAUCGAGACAAGACUUAUGUUAAAAGGCUUGUAAAGAUCUUAUUGCUCGGGGCGGGAGAAAGCGGCAAGUCCACUUUCCUCAAGCAAAUGCGUAUUAUUCAUGGGCAGGACUUCGAUCAGAAGGCCAAAGAAGAAUUCAGGGCUACGAUUUUUAGUAAUGUUAUUAAAGGCAUUCGAGUGUUAGUGGAUGCUAGAGAGAAGCUGCACAUCCCAUGGGGUAACACGUCCAACCAGCGGCAUGGAAACACUAUGAUGGCAUUUGACACUCGGUCGGCGAUGGCUCACGGUCACGGCAUGGUGGAGCCCAAAGUUUUUCAGCACUACCUGCCGUCAAUCAAGGCCCUGUGGGCGGACCAGGGCAUCCAGAAUGCCUACGAUCGGCGCAGGGAGUUCCAGCUGGGGGAGUCGGUCAAGUAUUUCCUGGACAAUUUGGAAAAGCUCGGACAGUCGGACUACCUUCCCAGCCAGCAGGACAUCCUUCUGGCCAGAAAACCCACCAAGGGCAUCCACGAGUAUGAUUUUGAGAUUAAGAAUGUGCCUUUCAAAAUGGUGGACGUGGGUGGGCAGCGCUCUGAGAGACGGCGCUGGUUUGAAUGUUUUGAGUCGGUCACAUCCAUCCUCUUCCUUGUGUCCUCCUCUGAGUACGACCAGGUGCUCAUGGAAGACCGGCAGACUAACCGACUGAGCGAGUCACUAAACAUCUUUGAGACCAUAGUCAACAACCGGGUCUUCAGCAAUGUCUCCAUCAUCCUGUUCCUCAACAAGACGGACCUGCUGGGGGAGAAGGUGAAGCAAGUGUCCAUCAAAGACUACUUCCCCGAGUUCUCUGGUGACCCCGUGAGUUUGGCGGAUGUCCAGUGCUUCCUGGUGGAAUGCUUUCGCAAAAAGCGUCGCGAGCAGCAACAGAAGCCUCCGCAGCAACUGAAGCCUCUGUACCACCACUUCACCACAGCCAUCAACACUGAAAACAUCCGGCUGGUGUUCCGUGAUGUCAAGGACACCAUCCUGCACGACAACCUCAAGCAGCUGAUGCUGCAGUGAGGGAGCGCGGCAGGGAAGGGCGGAGGCAAAGGGAACAUGGCUUGCAGUGUCUCUUUCAGCAGCCAUAGGAGGAGCGGACAGCGCCACUGCUUUCACCCACCCAGGAUUUGGCUCUGCCCCUCACUGUUGAACUUGACUGUGUAUUAAAGCAACCACUACUAUGGCCACUCCCCCCUGUGCUUCUUUGCUUAACAAGCGUGUUCACUGUAACUUAUAACAGCCCACUGUGGCUGAGUUCUUCCUGCCCUUAGACCCAUGUAACUGACCUGUAGUCCUCACUCUCUCAGGCCACGCCCACACUCCUGAGCAUCCUUUAUAGUGUCCCUGUAUCCUGCUGGAGAGGAGGGGGUGAUGCAGGCCGCUAUCAGUGACUGUUACCAAGGUGUUGUUGUAAACGUGCUCUUCACUGUGCCUUGGUGUGGAUUUAUACUUUUCUAAUCAUUUUGUUUUCUAUUGUAUGAACACACUGUUUUAACCUAUGCAUUUUUCUAUCUCAUAGGGGUUUACACUUUGACAUUUGGACUGUUACAGUUAUUCAAAGAUGUCGGGGUGCUGCAGACACAAACACGCCGCUUGUUGAAAGCCGGUCGGGGUUUGGGGUGACCCACAGUACUGGUGCUGUUUCUCAGGGCACCAUUUCUAAACCACUACUGUGAUUUGAUACAGUGCAGAGCAUGUGUACCUUACCCUUGCACCAGUCAAACGGGUUUCCCCUUUAUUUGCCACAAAACCGGCCGGAGUUGUACUUCAGAAGUACUCUGGCCGUCGACCUCAGCCUUAUUUUACUGCGAGUGAUUUGACCCGUGUGCUUGCACAUAUGCUAACAUGUGAUUUGUGGAUGCUGCCUCAUUGACAGUGGUUAAAGAUAACACUAAGGGACAAAUGUAAAGCGGCUUUUCUCAGGCGGGUGGCAGAUGUUGCAGCGCGGGUUGAGCCCCUGGGUUUUCUUCAGUGGUACAGAGAGAGGGAUUUUUCUCCUCGAUAGAAUUAUCGCCUUAAGUGUUGCGUAUUGCACUGCAGGCGAUGAGGUGGCCAUGUUGCCUUUUGUCUUAAUCAGCUCUUCAUUUUGCAGGCCGCCCCUCACCACAGGGACAUAUUCCCACUGCAGUCUGUGCAGCUAGUUUCUGCUGGCUGCUGUCGUUUUGUAUAAAGUUCACGUGUCCAUUCUAACGCAUGUGUCCCUCACAUCGACCUAAAGCUUGUUGCAACCGCUCUAACUUUCCACACAGUAUAAUGGUAAGUGUUAUUUUGCUACGUGGUGUUUUUGGUUUGGGGUUUUUAAGCAGAAGCAGGCAUCUAUGGGACUGUCUUGUGUUGUUUAAGGGGCUUCCUGUGUCUUUACAACACGAAUGCCACAAUCCUGUACGUGUCCCUGCAAAUAACAGGCUCCGCUGGUCCACGCUAACCAGUUGUAAAAGUAGUCUUGUUGUCUUUUUGGGGGUGAGCAGUUCCACACUGUAGACUUUUGAACAAUGGGAACAUUCUGUGUGCGUCAGCAUAGGUAUUUUUUUUGUACUUUCUAAUUGUGAUAAUUGCUAAUGUUGAAUAAGUAAAGAAUACUUAAUGUUAAUCACUGUUAAUAAGUGUUGUGCACAGACUUGUAACUGAGCUGCAAAGCUUCAAAGGGACACGAGGCAACUGAGAAACUGGCUGAAAAGGUUUGUCUGAUGUGACCACAGAACUGUGCAUUUCCAAAUACUAUCAUUAACUUCUUUGUCUUAUCAGAUCUGCACCUGCAGUGUUGACUCAACUCAAAUAAAGUUUCCUCAAAUACAACAGGUGACAAAAACCUGUGUGGGCUGCCAGAGCGAUUUCACACUGUGCAGGGGGCGGGGCUUGGAAGAGACCACUCCCAUCAGGAUGAUAGAUAAUCACUGUCAAUGACUGAGUGACCCAUCACUAAAUGAGGCGUCAGAGUUUGAUUUGUGGGCGUGUCAUGUUCAGCUCACUGAUGGUGCUCCAUUGAAGUGACUGCAGUCACAGCGCUGUGACGAAACAGGACCGUGUGUGUGUGUGUGUGUGUGUGUGUGUGUGUGUGUCUCGCUCGUCUGAGCGUCUCAUGGCACUGAAGCUUGUUGUUGAAGUGUUAUCAGGACAGGCCUGCACCCUGACACCACCCUGAUUGUGAUUGUUGUCACACAGAAGCAUGAGUGUGUUUGUGAGGUCACAGUCUGAUGACACUUUUUGUUAGAAGUUGUGCUCCAUCAGGAUACGUGCCAUGUGUACAAAGACACAUUAAGCCAAGCAAACUGAGCUCUCUCCAUCAUUUAUCGCUUUGUGCCUGUUUGCAUCCAUUCUUUACUUUACUGCCAUCUUGCUCUCUGCAGCUUCUCUCCUCCUGCUACCCCCAAAAACCCAUCUCCAUAGAGACUGUGUCAGCUCCCAAACAGACAAAAAACAAACUAAAAACCAGCAACAAACAACUUAAACAUAAACAAUCACAAAGAAAGAACAAUACAGUAUCCACAUCUGAACCAAAGAGUAACACAGUGAAAUGUGGAUUAUUAAAUAUCAGGUCUCUCUGCUCCAAGUCUGUUAGUACAUGACUUAAUAACUGAUCAACAAAUCGACUUACUCUGCCUUACGUCUUGAUGCACGCUCAAUCAUCCAGGUAAGGAAAUCUCCAAAAGUUGAUUCUGUUCAUCUGGACGUUUUCAGUGGGAGAAACGUUUCGUCGUCAUCCAGGUGACGUCCUCAGUCUCAGCUGACUGCAGGUUUCAACCUUAUAAACAGGACAUAAUGACUGAAACCAGCCCAGUGAAGGAACAAUGGGCUGGGAGGUGACAGAAUGAUGCACCAACAAUGACCAACUGAGGCCACAAGAUGGCAGCGUGAAGGCUGGAUGCACACUGGCAGGCCAGGAGCUUUGGCUGCUUUACUUUAGACAUAAUUGACACGUACCAUUGUUAGAUUUGCAGUGCUCGUCCUGAUCACUGUCUUUAUGGCAAGAUUUAAAGACACAAAAUAUGUUUACAGCCAAACAGGUAAGUUACAGUAAAAAAUUUGUUUAAUUUGGCCUAAACGACAGAGACACGAGACACGGUGCAGUGAAACUGUGGCUCAGUGUGUCACAGGUGGCAGCUCUAACCUGGAACUGGAAACACUUUCUAAGCACUGACCUGAGUUUGGGUCUGAGCUCCACCUGCUGCAGCCG